AGUUCAUUUAGAAGUUGCAUUUUUAAAACUUUUUUCUAUUGAAAUUCUCUCUACUAUAGGAUGAAUAUGUCUAUAUUGGACUAUUAGUCAAUUUCAAUCGAGAUUGUUGAAUCAUUUAUUAGGUCAGAGGUUAUGCGGGGUUGGGGUUAAUUGGAACAGUAAGAUGAUAAUUUGAUGAUAAACAUCAAAGUCACAUCAUAAUUAAAAAUAAUUCCAAAAUGAUGAAGAAACUAAGCACCAUUAAUCACAAACUUGGAAUAAUUAAAUGGAUGGUAAUCCAUUUCAUUUGCAUUGGUUUUUUACGAAGAGUUGACAAACCAUCCACCCAAUGGAAGUGGCACAAAUUCACAUCCACCAUAAAAAAAGCACCUUUUUGGUUAAGUGAUUCUUCAACUAUCAGAUUCAUUUCCGUAAAUAAAUGUGGGGGGGUGGGGGGUGCAAUGAAAGAAGAACAAACCCACUAAACACAAAUGUCAACAAGAGACCCAUUGUGGUAAGAUACCACCCUUGAUUUUCUAAAUAUAAUUCUGUUUGUUGAAAUUCCCAUAUUCUCAUCCUAACAACAUUUUUUCAAUUCAUCAUCUCUCUCCAAUUGUGUAUUAAUUCAAUUCUCUCUCCUUUCCUCCUCUUCUCUGUCUCUGCUUCCCUUGGGUCCAGAAUCAGAGAAAGACCCAAUAUUUCUUCACUUUAAUGCAAUUUUCUUUCCCAGAAAUUUUGUGGGUAUUUGAUAUCUUGUGGUGGGACAAAUUCCUUUUUGAGAUUGCCCUAGUAGGGGGGUCGUCUCAGAAAUGGGAGCCUGUUGUACAAAAGAUUACAUGUAUGGAGGAGGGUAUAUGACCUAUGAUAAAGAUGAGAGAGAUUCCAAUGGCGCUGACGGAGAAGAGGUUCGACGUGGUGACGAUGGCGCCACCAUUCGACUCCGUGGAUCCUCUGUGUUCACAUCAAUGUUCACUCAACGAGGAAGAAAAGGAAUCAAUCAAGAUGCAAUGACAGUUUGGGAGGAUUUCUCAGGGGAGAAAGAUUUGGUGUUUUGUGGAGUUUUUGAUGGUCAUGGUCCAUCUGGUCAUAGGGUUGCUCGCCAUGCACGAGACGUGUUUCCCACGAAGCUCGCCAAAGCAAUCAAGAAGCAGCUAUCUCAACCUGAAAAUGGGGUGGUUUCUGAAGCUUUUGUUGAACCAGAUAACAAUGGUGGAAACCAACGAAAUCGAUUGGUUUCGAAAUGGGAAGCUGCUCUUGAAGAAUCUUUCAAAGAAUUUGAUCAAGAACUCAGCUUGGAUUCAUCUAUUGAUUGUUUCUGUAGUGGAACAACAGCCGUGACCAUUAUCAAACAGGGAGAAAAUUUGGUGGUUGCAAACUUAGGUGACUCCCGGGCGGUUCUAUGCACCAGAGGAGACAAACAUCAACAAAUUCCUAUCCAAUUAACAGUUGACCAGAAACCAAAUAUUCCAUGCGAAGCAGAAAGAAUAAAGAAUUGCCAAGGCAGAAUCAUAGCAGAAAAAGAAGAACCAGAUAUAUACAGAGUAUGGGUACCAGAUGCAGAUUACCCAGGUCUAGCCAUGUCAAGAUCUUUGGGAGACUUUUGCCUUAAGGAUUACGGUCUCAUCUCAACCCCUCAAGUUUCCUACAGAAAGCUCACCAGAAAAGACGAGUUCAUCGUUAUAGCAACAGAUGGGAUAUGGGAUGUGUUGACAAACAAGCAAGUGAUCAACAUAGUUGCUUCAGCAAGGAAUCGGUCCAUGGCAGCGAAAUUAGUAGUGAAACUAGCAGUUCGAGAAUGGAAACGGCGAUUUCCAGGGUCGAUGAUCGAUGACUGUGCAGUGAUUUGCUUGUUCUUCAAGAACCCACCAUUGUUAACGAAAUCAAUGACGAGUGUGGGGCGGAGGAAUGUGAGAAGCCAUCCAGAACUUACGGUUUCAAGAAGCUGUAGAUCAAUGGGGAUUGAUAGAAAAAGAGGAAGAGACGAAGAAGAAGGUGGGCCUGUGAAAAGAGAUUGCUGUUCAAAGGAAGAUCGGAAAGGUGUACAAGGGCUAAGCAGAGCAAAUUCACUGACGAGGGCUACUCGAUAUACGAGGACUUUGAGCCAUAAUCAGAGAAUGGGGAAGUUUUAUCAUGAAGUUGAAGCACGUUAAAGGGCUUGAUGAAAGUCCUCACAGAACCAUGAGAACGAAAAUGGCAAAACCAAGUGGCCACAAGAAGAAGAACCAAGCUCUCUUCUCUCUUCGUUUGUUUUUUAAUCUUGUUUUGUUGGUAUCAGAAGAGUUUAGAAGAAACAAAAAUAUUGGCAACCUCUUCCAUAAUGCAUCUAUAUAUAAAUAUAUAUAUAUUUUUUUCUUUUGGGUUGAAAAUAAUGUAAAUUUCGAUUUUAUGUUAUAUAA